AUGGAGCACAGUGAAGAGUGGGAGGGCCGUCUAGUCACCCUCAAAGGCACUAUUGGUGGCUCCCUGGCACUGGCUCUUCCUGCGGCACUUGGACAGGAUCCUGUGGAGGAGACUGGGCGACCGCUGUGUGUGUGGAGCUGCGACGGGGCCCUCGCUGUCAGACUGGCUCCAGUCCAGGGCCCCUCCUCCUGCUCUGCUGCCCCUCCUGAGGGCCUGCUGAACGUGUCCACUGGGGACAAAGAGGAAAUAACAAACACAAAGCCUGUUUAUUCCUCAUGA